AACGAAGUCUCUCACUGAUUUGUUUUCCUUUUGUAACUACCCGCACAGAUUCGGCUCAACAGGCAACAGCACCAGCGCUCGAACGCCGCGUCCAGGCAACCCAUCCUUCCGACCCCGAGCGAUCCCGCCGCCUCCCGCGUCUAGCCGUCGACGAGCACCGCAGCCUGACACAGCCGCGGGCGAACCAUCGCGUGCGGCCUCGCCCGGGAUGGCGACCAUGGAGAGCCUGAUCGGGCUGGUGAACCGUAUCCAGCGCGCGUGCACCGUCCUCGGCGACCACGGCGGCGGCGGCGGCGAGGGCUCCCUCUGGGAGGCACUCCCCUCCGUCGCUGUCGUUGGUGGGCAGAGUUCCGGGAAGUCGUCGGUGCUCGAGAGCAUAGUGGGGAGGGACUUCCUGCCCCGUGGAUCUGGCAUUGUCACGAGGCGGCCUUUAGUGCUGCAGCUCCACAAGACAGAUGGUGGGCACGAGUAUGCUGAGUUCCUCCACGCCCCGCGGAAGCGUUUCACCGACUUUGCUGCUGUGAGGAAAGAGAUUGCUGAUGAAACAGAUCGCAUAACUGGGAAAACUAAAGCUAUUUCAAACGUUCCCAUCCAUUUGAGUAUAUAUUCACCACAUGUUGUUAACUUGACACUUAUCGAUCUUCCUGGACUGACAAAGGUCGCUGUAGAGGGGCAACCGGAAUCUAUUGUUCAAGAUAUUGAAAACAUGGUUCGAGCUUAUGUUGACAAGCCAAAUUGCAUCAUCUUGGCUAUCUCCCCAGCUAACCAAGAUAUUGCAACGUCAGAUGCUAUCAAGCUUGCUAGGGAUGUUGAUCCUUCAGGUGACAGGACUUUUGGAGUCUUAACAAAGCUUGAUUUAAUGGACAAGGGUACCAAUGCUGUUGAUGUGCUUGAAGGGAGGCAAUAUCGCUUACAACACCCGUGGGUUGGAAUUGUCAAUCGCUCACAAGCUGAUAUCAACAAGAAUGUCGAUAUGCUCUCAGCAAGACGCAAAGAAAAAGAGUACUUUGAGAGUAGUCCUGAAUAUGGUCACUUGGCACAUAAAAUGGGUGCAGAGUAUCUUGCCAAGCUUCUGUCACAGCAUUUAGAGGCUGUGAUCAGGGCAAAAAUUCCAAGUAUUAUAGCUAUGAUUAACAAAACAAUUGAUGAAAUAGAAGCCCAGUUGGAUCGACUUGGUAGGCCAAUUGGAGGUGACGCUGGGGCUCAGUUGUACACAAUCUUGGAUAUGUGUCGGGCAUUUGACCGUGUCUUUAAAGAGCACUUAGAUGGCGGGCGGCCAGGUGGAGAUCGGAUUUAUGGUGUCUUUGACAACCAGUUACCUGCAGCACUGAAAAAGCUUCCAUUUGACCGGCAUCUUUCAAUGCAAAAUGUUCGCAAAGUUAUUUCAGAGGCUGAUGGUUACCAGCCCCACUUGAUUGCCCCUGAGCAAGGAUACAGAAGGCUUAUAGAUAGUUCUCUAAGCUACUUUAAGGGUCCAGCUGAAGCAUCUGUUGAUGCGGUCCAUUUGGUAUUGAAGGAGCUUGUUCGGAGAUCUAUUGCAGCAACAGAGGAAUUGAAGCGAUUCCCAACACUUCAAUCAGAUAUAGCUGCUGCUGCAAAUGAUAGCUUGGAAAGAUUCCGUGAGGAUGGACGAAAGACUGUUCUUCGUCUAGUUGAGAUGGAAGCCAGCUACCUAACAGUAGAGUUUUUCCGUAAACUUCCUACUGAACCAGAGAAAGCAGCUGAUAAGAACACUCCAGUGAGUGAUAGGUAUCAGGACAAUCAUCUCAGAAGAAUCGGAUCGAAUGUGUCAUCUUAUAUUAACAUGGUCUGUGAGACUCUAAGGAACACGGUUCCGAAAGCCAUCGUGCAUUGCCAAGUGAAAGAAGCAAAAAGAAAUUUGCUUAACCGUUUCUAUGCUCAUGUGGGAAGCAAGGAGAAGAAACAGCUGAGCGCGAUGUUGGAUGAGGACCCCGCUUUGAUGGAGAAGAGGGAUGCCUUGGUCAAGAGGCUAGAGCUGUACAAAUCUGCAAGGAAUGAGAUCGACUCGGUCGCAUGGAAAUGAUUGGCUUGUGACAGCUACAUCUGGAAUGUAUGUAAAAUGUACAACCGCAGCAGCACACGUGUGAUUGCAGUAGAAUGUUCAAUUCUUUUUUACAUUUGAAUUUACUCUGGAGGCCUUGUACGCAGUUUUCACUCGAGUCUUUGCCGGACAUGCUUAUUUGGCCGUCUUGGCCUUAACACGAUUGUGUUAUGCGUGGAUGAUCUGGUCUCCGGUUGAUAUAAGAGUGUAUAUGUAUUCUUUUGUUGAUUUUAUUACUGCCUUGAUGAUAUCAAUAGUUUUUACCACAA